UUUCACUUCUCUCUGCACAUAAUUAACCAUGCAAGCCUCUCUUCAUUUCUCCACUACCACCACCUUUUCUAAAACAAUGCCUCCUUUCAAAAAUACGGCGCCGCUGUUAAAGCCAGAGCCUGUUUUUACUCCUCAAACGGAAAAAACUAACUACCCAACUGAGUUGAACCCGAUUCAGAAGCUUGUAGCUUCAGCUUUGGACAAAUUUGAAUCUUCGGUUAUUUUACCGUUGGAGAAUAUGCAUGUGUUGCCGAAAACGGUUGACCCUGCUGUUCAAAUUUCAGGUAAUUUCGCGCCGGUUCGUGAGUGUCCGGUUCAGCACGGUUUGGAAGUUGUGGGCCAUAUUCCCGACUGCUUACGCGGCGUUUAUUUGCGGAACGGGGCUAAUCCUGUGUAUGCACCCACAGGUGGACACCACUUGUUUGACGGUGACGGUAUGAUUCAUGCGGUUAGUUUGGGAGUUGGAAACCGAGCCAGUUAUAGCUGCAGGUACACACAUACAAGCCGGCUCGAGCAAGAAGCCAAAUUGGGCCGGUUAGUUUUUCCUAAGCCGAUUGGUGAGCUGCAUGGACACCUGGGUUUGGCUCGGCUUAUGUUGUUCAUGGCUCGAUCUGGUUUCGGCUUGGUUGACGGUUCACGUGGCACAGGCGUGGCUAAUGCUGGGUUGGUUUAUUUUAACGGAAGAUUAUUAGCCAUGUCAGAAGAUGAUCUUCCUUAUCAUGUGAAGAUCAAGGGUGAUGGUGAUCUUGAAACAAUCAAACGGUUCAGCUUUCAUGAUCAGCUUGAUUGUCCAAUGAUAGCUCACCCUAAGGUGGACCCGGUCACCGGUGAGCUUCAUGCAUUGAGUUACAACGUAUUAAAGAAGCCGUACUUGAAGUACUUCAAGUUCGAUAAGUACGGCAAGAAGUCACGUGACUUGAAUAUAACCUUGGAUCAGCCCACAAUGGUCCACGACUUUGCGGUUACAAGGAAUUUUAUAGUAGUACCGGAUCAUCAAGUGGUAUUCAAGUUAUCCGACAUGAUUCGGGGCGGGUCACCCGUUGUAUACGACAAAAACAAGACGUCAAGGUUUGGAAUUUUGUCUAAAAAGGACGCAGAUGAAUCCGGAAUUACAUGGAUCGACGCGCCAGAUUGUUUUUGCUUUCAUUUAUGGAAUUCCUGGGAGGAAAUAUCCAGCAAUGGUGAUAAAAUUAUCGUUGUUAUCGGGUCAUGCAUGAACCCACCCGACUCGAUUUUUAACGAAUCUGAAACACCACUACAAAGUGAACUAUCAGAAAUUCGGUUAAAUCUGGGGACCAGAGAGUCAACCAGGAAAGCUAUAGUGACAGGCAUGAAUUUAGAAGCGGGUCAAGUGAACCGGAAAUUCCUGGGCCAGAAGACCCGGUUUGUGUACAUGGCCAUAGCGGAACCGUGGCCCAAAUGCAAUGGUAUCGCUAGAGUUGAUUUAGAGACGAAAGAAGUGGCCAAAUUUAUGUACGGCGACGAAAGAUAUGGCGGGGAGCCAUUUUUCGUGGCGAAAAAUGAAAAUAAUAUUAAUGGAGAAGGUGACGGAUAUAUAAUGGGAUUUGUUAGAGAUGAGAAAAAUAAUAAUUCGGAAUUGGUGAUAGUGAAUGCAUUAAAUAUGGAGCAAGUUGGUUCUGUAAAAUUGCCAACUAGGGUGCCGUACGGAUUUCAUGGUACAUUUGUUAGUGAAGAUGAAUUGAAGCAACAAGCUUUGUUUUAAACUUAGUUAAAGGAGGAUGCAUGUAGAAUUGUAGUUCAAGUUGUAGCCGAAAUUAUAUAUAUAUAUAUAUAUAUAUAUAUAAAAAAUGCAUGAUCU